AUGGGGUUCAGACAUUUUUGGGACGAGCAUGUCGUACUCAAACCCCAUCCAGGCUCAUUUGGGGCUGAUGACCCUGACGCAAUCAAAUACACCAACGAGGACAUGGACCCUAUCAAAAGAAAAGAUCGGACUUACGAAUGGUACCAGAUGGGAUUGUUCUGGAUCGCCGAAGGCUUCAACGCUGCGCAGCUGGAAGUAUCGAGUUCAGCCUUCUCGCUUGGACUGAACCCAGGGCUUUGUGUUGUGGCUUGCUUGAUUGGCAACAUUAUCGUCUCUAUCCCUUGUGCUGCAUCCGGAUACCUGGGUAGCAAGCUUGGUACGAACUUCCCUGGUACGGUCAGAGCAUCGUUCGGCAUGCUAGGCUCCAAAUGGGCCAUGAUCGUGAGAGGUGUGCCGUGUAUCAUCUACUAUGGCAUCCAAGUCAGUCUCGCUGGUCAAGCAGUCCAAGCUUGCACCACUGCCAUAUGGCCAUCUUUCGCUCACUGGGAAGUCAACGCAAUCCCAGCCUCGGCCAAUGUGACGGCACAACAGAUUCUGUGCUUCUCAAUCUUCUGGUUGAUAUCGUUGCCGUUCCUGUAUCUCCCGAUCAAAACGUUGCGAUACCUAUUCAUUGUCAAGAGCAUUCUGGUACCUCUGUUUUGGACGGCGAUGUUCACAUGGUCCGUCACUGCCGCUCGGGGGUGGCCUGAGGUCUGGAGGGCACCGAGCAAGCCCCUUGACGGAUGGUCUGUAGGCUAUCUGUUCGGUAUAUGCGUCAAUGCAGCGAUUUCCGGCAACGCCACAUUCGCGGUCAACAUCAUGGAUAUCUCGCGUCACUCGAAGAACGACAGGGCGGCAUGGGCCACACAGCUAUUCGCUUUGCCUGUGUUGGUGACCUUGACAGAGUUUCUUGGCUGUACUAUGGCAGUGGCCUCGUCCGUCGUAUAUGGCGAAGUCCAAUGGAAUCCAUUGGUGGUGAUCAACAACUUUGAAAACCGGCCCGGAAAGUUCUUUGCUGGAGCUUGUUUUAUCUUUUUCAACAUUAUGACGAAUGUCACGGGCAACUCGGUGCCGCUAGCCAACGACUUGACAGGAUUGUUUCCCAAGUACAUCAACAUUCGCCGCGGACAGUUCAUCUGUGCCGUGAUAUCGUUCGCCAUCUGCCCCUGGGAGAUCCAAGCAAAGGCGACGACUUUUUUGGCUUUCUUAGGUGCCUAUACGCUGUUCCUCGGCGCAACUACAGGAGUAAUCAUGAUGGAUUACUUCUGGGUACGCCGGGGAUACGGGAUCAACAUUUCGCACCUAUUCAAACCACACGGCAUAUACUGGUACAACUUCGGCUGUAACUGGCGCGCAUUCGUCGCUUGGUUUGCGGCCAUCGCUCCGCUCUUCCCAGGGAUGCUGUACUCGAUGGGUGUGCCGAUCCACAACCGAGGCAUUCUCAAUAUGUACUCGUGGAAUUAUGUUCUGGUCGUCGUCUUCUCCGGCUUAGUGUAUUUCAUCUGCACCAGCCUGUCGCCUGUCCCCGUCAGACCCGAUGACGGAGAAGAGGACUACGGCAAGUUAUAUCUCAUCGACGGGCUGGCGCCGGCCAGUGAGAGCACAACACCGACGGAAUAUAGGGAAAGCCGGGACAUUGAAAAGAAUGAGAAGAUUGUUGCCGAGUCGCAUGUGACACCGACCACGAUACAAACAGUAGCAUGA